GCGAUUUACAAACAGUGAAGACUGGAGGGAGUUUGAAUUUGGAGAAUGGUUGUAGAAUUUGUUAUUAACAUUAACACUACAAAAGCAAACUCUAACCGAUAGAGUGCGAUCGUUUAUUAAGCCGUAUAUUAAUAACAUUUUAGUACUAGGUGUGCAUUUGAAUCAAAAAUAACUGCUUGUUUAAAAAUUGUAUAUUAGUUUAAUUUUUGCUAUUUUUCUAUUUAAGAAAUAAUCAUGGAGCGUAAAUUUUUAAACGUUAUUCUGCUUGGUUUCGGAUUUAUGUUCGUGUUUACUGCUUUCCAAACUAUGGGAAAUAUUGAGAAAACCAUAUUGGACAGUAUAACACAGGAUGAUCCAACCUUUACUGGCGAUGGAUACACGUCGCUCGCCAUCAUCUACGCAACGCUGGCUAUUUGCAAUUGGAUGGCUCCCUCCAUCAUAAGCAUCACGGGACCACGAGGGGCCAUGCUUAUCGGAGCACUUACUUAUUUAUUCUUCAUAGUGACAUUCCUGUUCCCUCGCACUUGGCUCCUGUACGUGGCCAGCGUGCUGAUAGGCGCUGGAGCCGCCGCGAUAUGGACGGGGCAAGGGAACUACCUAACGCUUAACAGCGAUGCUGAGACUAUUUCCAGAAAUUCUGGUAUCUUUUGGGCGAUGUUACAAUGCAGCUUAUUCUUCGGCAACCUAUUCGUCUUUAUAAAGUUCCAAGGCAAGACGCAUAUAGACCUGGAGACUCGUAAUGUAGUAUUCGGCGCGCUGACCGCGGUGUGCGCUGUGGGGAUCGUCUUCAUACUGCUGUUGAGGCCGACCAGAAGAGCGCCGACCAUUGAUGAUAGCGAGAUGGCUGUGUCAGAGGCCGAAGGUCCAAUGGAAGCGUUCAGAGGAGCGCUCAGGCUGUUCUGCACCAGUGAUAUGAUACUGUUGAGCGCUGCUUUUGUUUAUACAGGUGUCGAGUUAUCCUUCUUCAGUGGCGUGUACAGCCCCAGUAUCGGUUUCACCCUUGCAAUGGGCGAAAACGCAAAACAACUUGUUGGCCUCUCUGGUGUAUUCAUCGGUAUGGGAGAAGUUCUUGGUGGAGCCAUUUUCGGUAUCCUCGGUAACAAAACAACGAGAUGGGGUCGGGAUCCUGUGGUGAUCAUGGGUUAUCUCAUCCAUAUGACCAGCUUCUUCCUGAUCUUCAUCAAUCUGCCCAACGCAGCGCCCUUCGGCGACACCAUGGACACCUCCUACAUCACGCCCUCACCCUACUUGGCCAUGUUCUGCAGUUUCCUCCUAGGAUUCGGGGACGCCUGUUACAACACCCAGAUUUACUCGAUGCUGGGCGGAAAGUACGCGGAUAAUAGUACAUCCGCCUUCGCUCUGUUCAAGUUCACUCAGUCGCUGGCCGCCGCGUCGUGCUUCUUCUACUCGUCGCGCGCGCCGCUGUCGGUGCAGCUGGGCGUGCUGGCCGUGCUGGCGUCGGCGGGCACGGCCGCCUUCUGCCGCGUGGAGUGGCGCUCGCGGGCCCGCGCACGCGCCGCCGCGCUCGAGCCCGCCGACGACAAGCUGGCGCCCGCCACGCACUCGCUCGCCGACAACACGCUGCACUACGACUGAGCGCCCCCCCCCCUGCCUCGCCGCUGCGAUGUGCUGACUUCACUUGUGUGACGGAUGAUGGCUGUUGUUGUCGUUGCCGUGUCGACAUUCCAUAUUCUUAAAACGUUAUUUUUUUAUAGGAGCUUUAUUAUUUUUUCGCUUUACUAUGAAUUAGUUCUUAAUAAUUUCAAUCAACGUUACCAUACUGUGUCCUAGCGACCUUUACGAUCGUAUCCCACAAGCGGACUCAUCUUUUAAAGUAGGUACUUAUGACAGACCUUUUAUCACAUGCCUCGAGUACUGAGCCGAUGAUUACUCAACUUUGCAUUUUUAAUGGCUUUCAUUUUAUACAUUUGUUAAUGGUAAUAAUUAUUCUUCCAUUUUGAGAAACAAAAAAGAUGAUUUUGUUCCGUUAAUCGCAGUGGAAGCUGGAAAUUGGUUCGAAUAAUUUUUUUAUUAAUUAAUGUAAAUUUAAUAAAUAAGUUACUUGAAGAUGCUCAAGUAACACUAUUAACACUAACAGAAUGACAUGAACACUAACUAUAACUCUAUUUUAAAUAUUAGCCAAUUAUUAAUUUUAUUUAUUUCUUAUAAAUAAGAAAUAAAACUUCUAAGGUAUUAAAAUCUUGAAUAUUAAAAUUAUGUUAGGACCAUAUUUAGCGAUUUUAUUGUUAGAACUAAGAUGAUCAGUGGCAGCUGCUGUGCGCGUCCUGGUUAGAUACUACGAAACGUAAAAACAAUUUAAAUGUUCAGUAUAUAUCUUUUUCAUUUUAAUUUCU